GACAAUCCUUCCUUCACACACACUGUGUUUGACUUGGAACCUUCCCAUUUUUACUCUACUCAGUUGACGUAGCAGGGUUUUAGAGCAGCAUUUGUAAAUUUCCAGCAUGGAGAUCUCCUCUCAUCAGUCUCAACUCCUGCAACAACUGAAUGAGCAGCGCCGGCAGGACGUGUUUUGUGAUUGCAGUAUUCUCGUUGAAGGGAAGGUCUUCAAAGCUCAUCGAAAUGUAUUAUUUGCUAGUAGCGGCUACUUUAAAAUGCUUCUUUCCCAGAAUUCAAAGGAGACAAGUCAGCCGACCACAGCUACGUUUCAGGCUUUCUCCCCUGACACUUUUACAGUCAUCCUAGACUUUGUCUAUUCCGGCAAACUCUCGCUGACUGGUCAGAAUGUCAUAGAAGUGAUGUCAGCUGCUAGCUUCCUCCAGAUGACUGAUGUCAUUAGUGUAUGUAAGACCUUCAUUAAAUCUUCGUUAGACAUCAGCGAGAAAGAGAAAGACCGCUACUUCAGUCUCUCCGAUAAAGGUGCCAGUUCUAAUGGCAUAGAACGUUCCUCUUUUUAUAGCGGUGGCUGGCAAGAAGGGAGCAGUUCUCCACGCUCUCACCUAAGCCCAGAUCAAGGAACAGGUGUAAUAAGCGGGAAAUCUUGGAAUAAGUAUAAUUACCAUCCAACUUCCCAAAGGAAUACUCAGCAACCCUUGGCCAAGCAAGAACCAAGGAAAGAUCCCAUUAGAAAGCCCAGACAUUUGAGAUUGUCACAGCCUUCUGAAAUUGCUCAUUGUAAGUCAAGCAAGCGAGAAGCACGAACAUCUGAUUCUUCCAGCCACAUUUCCCAAUCUGAAGAGCAAGCACAAAUUGAUGCUGAAAUGGACUCUGCUGCUGUUGGCUAUCAGUACGGUCAAGGCUCUGACGUCACCUCAAGAAGUUUCCCAGAUGAUUUGCCCAGGAUGAGAUUCAAGUGCCCAUACUGCACGCACGUGGUGAAGCGCAAAGCCGACCUAAAGCGCCACCUUCGUUGUCACACAGGAGAACGGCCCUACCCAUGUCAAGCUUGUGGGAAGAGAUUUAGCAGGCUGGACCACCUAAGUAGCCAUUUUCGAACAAUUCACCAGGCAUGCAAACUAAUCUGCAGAAAAUGCAAACGCCAUGUGACUGAUCUAACAGGUCAAGUGGUCCAGGAGGGAACCCGGCGCUACAGACUCUGUAAUGAGUGCCUUGCUGAAGUUGGCAUAGACAGCCUCCCCAUUGAUCUGGAAGCUGAACAGCAUCUUAUGUCCCCAUCAGAUGGCGAUAAGGAUUCCAGGUGGCAUUUGAGUGAAGAAGAGAAUAGAUCAUAUGUGGAGAUUGUAGAGGAUGGGUCUGCUGAUCUGGUCAUACAACAAGUUGAUGAUAGUGAAGAAGAAGAAGAAAAGGAAAUAAAGCCCAACAUUAGGUAGCUGUAAUGUGCACCAACAGAGCUGGCAUGUCUGCAACUUACGUCGACUUCCUGUAUCUCUUUUCCAUGGUCAGAGACUGAUUAACAAAUUGUCAGACUGACUUAAAAGUAAUGGCCUACUAUAACUUGCAUGCUUUCUGAACAGGCCAUUGUAUCCAUUCUGAACUUUGUUGCCCUGAAACAUGUUGCUGCACUGGAAAGAAAGACUUAGCUUGAGUUGGCAUGAUAGAUGAACAGUUAAUUGUCUUACUUUUAUUACAGAGAUGCCUUUUUUCUUUUAAUAUUGGAAGAUCUACUUAGUAAACGUUUUUCAAAUAAAAUAUUUUUAAAAAUAUUUUUAUUGGUUUCAGAGAGGAAGGGAAAGGGAGAGAUAGAAACAUCAAUGAUGAGAGAGAACUAUUUAUCAGCUGCCUCCUGCACGCCCCACACUGGGGACCGAGCCUGCAACCCAGGCAUGUACCUUGACCGGGAAUUGAACCGUGACCUCCUGGUCAUAGGUCAAUGCUCAACCACUGAGCCAUGCUGGCUGGGCUCAAAGAAAAUAUUUUAAAUAAAUUCACCACAACCAAACUUCAUGUAAGGUAAAUUUUAAGGUGUUUCAAAAACAUAAACUAUUGAGUUUUCAUAGGGAACCAAGUAAAGCACAUCUAAGAGUCAGGCACCCAAACCUGACUGAACUAAUGUUAUUCUAUUAACUUAAGGUCCACACCAACCUAUCAUUCUGAUAUCCUAAAUGAUUUAGGAUUAUGGCAGAAGACAAAUCUAAAAUGUUUGAAAUCGUUCAUAUUUGAACUUUUUGCCAUUAAGUUAAAAAAUUACUCAUGCAGUUAGUAGUAGUAAGAAAAGCAAAAACAGUAAAGUAGAGGCUGACCAGAGAUUAUAUACAGAUACCAUUUUCUUAAAGCAGGAAACUAAUGAUGCCUAAAAGUCAAGGUAGUUUGUGAAGAUGUGUCAAUAUAGUUCUCUUCCCCCCUAAAGAAAAAAACACAAGAACACUGGAGGUUGCUGCCAGUUCUUAAGAGCAGUUUCUAACAUUUAUGUACUGCUUGCUAUAUUUUUUAUAAAGUACUAUUUCCCACAUUUUCUCACCUAAUCAGCGAGAUAAAUACUGUCUUUGAUUUACAAAUGAGGAAAUUAAGGUCAGAAGUUUAUGUGGUGGGACUGGUGACUGGACUGGUGAUUUUAAACAGUCCUCUUUCAGCCUUUUCUCCUCAUACUGUCCCCUGAAAUGGUGAAGAAAUGAAGUUGCACUUCACCAAUCUGCUGUAGUUAUAAAAGAAGCCUAUCAAAAUUAGAAAGUAUGACAAAGAGGAGUUUAAUCAUCUUCAACAUGUUUUGAACUAGUUAUUCAUAUAGUGCUAAGUAAUGUCCCUACAGUAUCUAUUGACAUGUUUUAUGUCGUUAUUUAUAUGUAAAUUUUUUAUAUAAAAUGAUUUGAAGAAGUUAUUGUCUUAAACACUUUAAGCAUUUUUGCUUAUCCUGUGUAUAUACUUUUUCAGAACAAGCUUUUCUCAUAGGAUACAAAGUUAAUUUUAAACUCUUCCCCUGUGUGACUUAUGAAACAUUCCAAAAUUACAGGUAAAUUGAAGAAGCAUUAUUUUACUUUACUUCUAAAGAUAAAAUUUAUAUACCAGAAGUAAAGAACUGACCUCCAUAAAGGUCUCUGCAAGUUAUCACAAUAAAGCUUGAUAUAACUGAAUUUUGAUAGAGGCUCCAUGUAUUAUACUGUAUUUUUAUUUCAAUUCUCACCUGAGGACAUGCUUAGAGAGAGGAAGAAGGUGGGGGGGAGGAAGGGGGAGAGAGAGAGAGGGGAGAGAGAGAGAGAGAGAGAGAGAGAGAGAGAGAGAGAGAGAGAGAAACAUCGAUGUAAGAGAGAAACAUUGAUUAGUUGCCUUCUGUACAUGGCCUAACCAGGGAUCAAAGCUGUGACCCAGGUAUGUUGUGCCCUGACUGGGAAUCGAACUGGCAACCUUUCAGUGCACAGGAUGAUGCUCAACCAACUGAGCCACUCCAACUGGGCUAUUAUACUGUAUUUUUAAAUACAGCCUGACAUACCUCAAGAUGAUACUUUUUGUUAUUUUUUAAAUUUAAUUAAUGAUUGUCCUUGAUGCCAAUUUGUGGGCUAAAAUGAUUAAUUUCUAAAAAAUUUGUAUUAAGUAGAUGAAUAACCUUUUUUUUUUUUUUUUAAUGGUACUUAAUUCUGAGACUUUUUCAAGAUUCCUCUGAUGGUAAAUUUCCAGUUGCUUCAAGACUGGAUAGUGUGCAUUGAGUUCAUUGUUCUCCCAACAUGACUGUUCCUGAAUCAGGAGUCAUCAGUAUCCCAGUGAGGGAGGGAACAGUUGUCACUCUCUAGUUGUCACUCACCAGCUAGUGGUAACAGCUUUCCAAAUUAUAAUCUGAUUUUUAGUCAUUGGAGCCAAUAGGAAAAAUUACUGAUUUGAACUUUAUUCAUAGAAAUGAAGGAGUGCUUGCAUGUAUAUACUCUAACGCACUUUAUGAUCUAAAUGUUCUUUUAUGCUAUUGUCUUCUGCAUGCAAACUUUACAUACAGCAGCAUGAAUGUCAGGGAGGUCCACUGAACCCAGUGCCACCAGCACUGUAGAGCCUUAUCAGAAAUAAUGCUUUCUUUCAAUUGUUUAUAACAAGCAUCAAUCCUAACAAAACAGCUACCAAAUUCACCAAACUACACAGCCUAUCUGUUCUAUCAUUUUAGUAUUGUAAAAGAACGUUCCUGACAUGUUUGCAAGUUGUAAAUAACAUUCCAGUUAUCAUAUGUAUUUAAGACUUUAGAGACCAAUUCUUUUCUAGAGUGAAACUAUUUAUUGGUUUCUGAGAAAACUAAAUUCUUUGGCUUUUAAAUGUGGGAAAAUGUUACAUAAUGGUAUAAUCUGUUAAUAUAAGCUUUAUUUAUGCCAAUGACUUUUUUUAAUAUUUGGAAAAUAAUGGGAAUUGGUUAUACCAGUUUGCUUUUGCAGGAAUGCUGUUUAUCAGCUUCUGAACAUCCUUCUAACUCUAUGGUCCUUACGAGUGUCUUGUUGACGGGAUGAAGUUUUGCAAAAAUAAAGCACCACUGCAGUCGUGCCUACUGUCUGGAGGAAGCAAAAUAGACUAGAUCAAUGUUUUAAAAGAUUUUUUUUCACCCAAGAUAACAAUUUCUUCUAAUGAGUUGUUUCAUAGAGAAGGCAACAUUUAAGGAAGAAACUCUAAAAUCAGAGCUGCUCUGGGUAAAGUCCCUUACAAGCCUUUCCCUAGGCACCUUGGUAGAGCUCAGCACAGUAUUAAAAACCUUGGAGCUAGAUAACUCUUCAUUUCUCUUUAAGCAUUAGUCUCACUUUAUUACUCCUAUUACUCACUGCACUUAUAUGCUGACAACCAUAGGUUCUCUUAUGGCAGCAUAUCAUCCUUAUUAUACAGAACUCAAUUCAUUGAAGUUAUUUUGCCAAGUCAUGCAAUGAUAUCUUGACAUUUCCAUUCAUAGUAUAUAUAUUUUUGAGUCCUAAAAUUAAUACUGUGGAAAAUCCCUAAAAACAGUACAGCAUAAGUAGAUGUAUUUAACUGGGAGGGGUGGUAAUAAUAGGUACUGGAGGACCAAAAUUUAGAUUAUAAAUGGAAAGUUGUUAUUUUAUAUUAGAGUGAAUCAGUAUUACUAUUUAUCAUUUAUAUAGCAUUUUAUAUUUGCAAAGUAUUUAAUAAUUUUUGUUAUUCUUUACAUAUCUAUGAAAUAGGACAGUUAUCCCACAUGAAAGGUAAGGAAAUUAAGACACAGAAAUUAAGCAGCCUACCUAAGACAACCCAGUGAAACUGGAAUUAGAAUGAUCCAAUUUUUGAAUCCUGGAAUAUCAGCUUAAUUCACUGAGAUGUGUUGUUCAUUAUUUUAUAAGAUGACUUUAUACAAGUAACAGCCAAUUGUUUUAAAGCUGACAUCAUAUGUGGAUAAAUCCUAUACAGAAUAAAUAUUAUGUAAAGUA